ACGCUGGAAGAGCUCAGAGUAUACAGAACUCGCAAGAGAGCAGAACCAAGAGCUAAAGAGUCGCUCAAGUAUACGAAAACUUUGAACUUCUAUUUACCGACGACCAGAAGAAUUUGAAACGUUGCCGUGAAGCCACUUCUAGAGGUUUCUAACCGUUUCUUUACAACCGAGAAACUUUGUCAGAACAUUACGUGGGACAAGGAAGACUUCGAAAGUUUCCAAAUCAGCGUGCCUGUGGGCACAGGAUAGCCUAUACAGACGUUCUGAUUACAGGAACUCUACAAAGUUACCAGCUCAUUCCACUGGGAAACAGAAGACGGACUUGACAUCGCUCUCAGUCUGUAAGUGAAAGAAGAAAGUUUUGGUUUCUCUUCUAUGUCUGUCAAGAUGGAAACUACUUUCUACGAUGACUCUUUGAAUGCUGCUUUCAGUCAGCACGACAGCACCAGCUAUGGAUUUACCACCAAAACACUGAAACAUAACAUGACGCUCAAUCUCGCUGACCCUGCCGUUACCCUCAAACCUCACCUGCGCGCUAAAGCCAGCGACAUACUGACCUCGCCAGAUGUCGGACUGCUGAAGCUGGCGUCGCCGGAGCUGGAGAGACUCAUCAUCCAGUCUAGCAAUGGUCUGAUCACCACAACGCCGACUCCAACUCAGUUUCUGUGCCCGAAGAAUGUCACUGACGAGCAAGAGGGCUUUGCAGAGGGAUUCGUCCGCGCUCUGGCGGAGCUACAUCACCAGCAUAUGCCCAACAUGCCCAACGUGCCGAACGUCACCUCGGCCCCACAGACGAGUAUCAACAAUGGUAUGGCACCUGUCUCUUCAAUGGCGGGUAGCACUGUUUACACUUCAACCAUGCGCGCUGACCCACCUGUGUACGCGGACCUGAACACGUUCAAUCCGGCCAUCAGUAGCGCACCCUCCGCUGUGCCAAGUUACAGCACGGCUAAUGCCAUGACUUACACCACCACCCAGCCGAUGAGCACAGAGCUCCCCGUCCAGCACCCACGGCUGCAGGCCCUGAAGGAAGAGCCCCAGACAGUGCCGGAGAUGCCGGGUGAUACGCCGCCCCUCUCCCCCAUUGACAUGGAGAACCAGGAGCGGAUAAAAGCUGAGAGGAAGCGCAUGAGAAACAGGAUCGCCGCCUCCAAAUGCCGGAAGAGGAAGCUGGAAAGAAUCUCCCGGCUGGAGGACAAAGUGAAGAACCUCAAGUCCCAAAACUCUGAGCUCGCCUCCACCGCGAACAUGCUCCGCGAACAGGUAGCGCAGCUAAAGCAGAAAGUCAUGAACCACGUCAACAGUGGAUGCCAGCUCAUGUUGACGCAGCAGCUGCAAACGUUUUGAAAAACAAUGAGCAGAGGCUGUGUGAGAGACUCGAUCUGAUUAAAGUGUCGGACUCUUAAGGACAAAACUAAAAGUCUGUUUCAGUGAGCCGUGGAGAUUUCUCUACAGGUGGCCAAUGCAGGGACUGACUGGCCGAGUGCCUCGCGCUCCCUCUGGCGCGCGACGGAGUUCCAUCCGCUUGGACUUGUGUGGCUGAACUUCACGAGCUGUCCGUUGGUGGGAACGGCAACGAACAGCAUCAGUGACAUGUCCUGCGCUGUUUCGUUUUCUUUAUGUUUUUGAAAAUGAGACUUAACCUUGUUCACUUUGACCAAGUUGUGCAUGGACCUAAGCUUCGAAGAGCUGUCCCAGUAUUAGAUGAAAAGAUGAGAAACAAGAACUGCAAUAGACAUUAGCUGCCUAUGCUGUCGCGCCAGUGGGAAGGCGUGUCAACAGUCUGAAUCUUUUGAUAAAAGCUGCCUGACUUCUAAGUUACAAUGUACUUUUAAUUUUCAAAUUGUAUUAAAUUUGUUUUCUUUAAGUUAGAGGAGCUUCAAAAGUUAUUUCUCUUUUUCUAAAGUCGUUUAAUGGGGUUUCACUCAUUAUUAUUUGUAUAUAAGAUCAACUGGGAGUACUUAAGUUUACCAUUUGUAAUAAAUACAGUAUAAUUUUUUAAGUUUGUUUUCUGACCACCUCAGAAACUAAUCAUUAUUUAAGAACUGUAAUAAACUAUGUUCAACCAUGCAAAA